AUGGCGUGCGCGGGUGAGACGUCGCGGUCGUGAGGUGGGCGUGGUGCGGCCGGAGACUUCAACGCGUCGCGGUUCAGCAGCCGAGCCGACGCGGAGGGCCGUGCUGGAGUGGCGGCAACUCACGGACCUAGUGCUUGUGGUCACCGAUGACAGGUGCCUUAUGGCGGUCGCGGUAGUGCAGUGUCAAGAAGCGUCCGUAGUUCCCGAACUAGCAGCUACACCAUGCUGGUGCGAGUGAUGGUGCUGUUCCAACUGGUGCUCCUCGUGAUUGCCGGCGGAGUCCUCAGCGAUGACGGCAGGCGCUACCGAGGCGUCGUUCCUCUGCAACUGCACCGGGAUUCGUCCGAUGUCUUCCAACACGCAGUGGACAGCGACGCGGCACGGCGGCUGCAGAGGCGGUCGACGGCUGCGCCUUCGUCGCUGGCGUCGCGACGCCGGGCGACUGCGCAGGCGCGAGCGGCUCUCCGGCGGAGACUCGCCGGCGGCGCCGACGCCGAGAUGCUCUUCACGUCCGAGACGAGGAACGCGCACGCCGGCAGGUUGCCACCACCAGAGGAGGAUACGACGAAGCCGCCUAGUAAGGAGGAAAAAGACAGCGGCAGCGAGAAUAAGGAGGUGUCGACGUCACCACGGUACGUCCUCCGCGGGCGACGGCCGCCCUACACAGUACUGGACCGCAGAGCGUCGCCGGCCAACAGCUCCAGGGACAGCAGCGAAGAGGACGAGGCGACGAAGCAGCGGAAGAGGCGACCGUCCAAGGAGGCGUCACACUCCGACGACGACGAUGACGACGACGAUAGUGACAGCGACGGUGACGACUCCUCGGAAGAGGGGAGAGGUGCGAAAAGGGACGGACCCGGUGGCGGGAGGGUUUCUGACGAACGGAAACUUGUGCGGAAGAGGAGGCCGGGACAAGCUAUUUCCGGUGCUGAAAGUAGGGAUACGGAGUCCGUGAGAGGCGUGCGUUCCUCGACUGCUGCAGCGACGCAGGAGCCGACGACUGCAGUGACGCCGCAGAAGUCGACGGAAGCCGCUUCGUCUACAGCGCCGAGUGUAGAAGGAGCGGCGCAGGGCGAGCAGCGGGCGGCCGGCUCGCGAAAGAGGCGUCCGUCCAAGGUUGCCGACAGCGGCGAGGAGGCGACGAAGGCGGCGGAGGCGGCCCACAAGAGGCGGCGGCCCUCGGACCCGGCGCUGUCGCCGCCGUCUUCGCCGCCUUUCCACCCGAUGCUGCCCGCGGCGUCGGCGCUCACCAUGUCCGACUCGCUGUACAACCACUUCCGGCCGCUGAGCGACGUCCCGGAGGACCACCUGCUGCCCUUCCUCAGCUUCGGCAAGAAGCUGCCCUCCAAGGCGGCAGCGGUCGCGCACCGGCCCGCGACGGGCAGCACCAACUCGCUGCUGCCGGAGGCCUCCGCCGGCCACGGCCGCGGGGGCGGCGGAGGCGGGUGGGCGCUGACGACGGCGCCGCCCCCGGAGCAGCAGGGCUCCGGACAGCGCCGGCCCCCGGAGGACGUGGUGGACGAGCACAUGGACGUGGCGCUCGUGCGGACCGCCGUCGAGCGAAACAAGGCGGCGCGCGGAGCUGCUGCCCCCAGCGCUCUCCGCACACUCUACACCAGCGCCCAGCGCAGGCCCAGCUUGGACGAAUCGACGACGACAACCAGCUCUGGACCUGCCCAAGCGCAGAAUGGGUCAGUCGAAGUCCCAAGCAUGUCGCCACUGGACGCUAAUGUCGACGCCAACAGAACGAGUGAGGCGGCGGCGUCGCUCCCUAUACAGACAGACGUUCCUCCUCCAGCCACGUCGUCUCUGAAGACGCAGACAUCCGCUGUAGUUACGUACAGGCGCAGAAGUACCACCACUACCACAGUUCUGCCGUCGGUGAAGCCUCUCGCCAGCAGUGAUUCGUCUUCCAGUGUCACGAAUACAUCAUUUCACGCCACCACCAUUGCUUCGCCCUUCACCAACAGCAGAACCAGCGACACUGCCAAUUCCUUCAUUGCCACUAAUUCCAGUACUACUGGAUCCACGACAGGCAACAUGGCUACCACUAUCCCAACCACCACAGUUACGAGCACAACUAUUUCCACCUCUACAGCCACCUCUUCAACCACCUCUACCAAGACUACUCCUUCCACCAUCACCACAACUCCAAAUCCCUCGCGUUCCAACGAGCGUCCUAGCAGCCGGUGGACUAUUAUUGUAACCACACCGCCUGCUCCACAAGAAACCUUUCCCCCUCCACCAAGAUUUACUAGAAAGCCAACUGCCGUGAGCUACACUGCCAACUCUCCAAAACAUGCCACGGAAGGCACAACUGCAGAACUGAACACUACACCAGUCUACGAAAGCAGCUCCGUUUCACCGGUACUUUCUCUCCAAACUUCAUCCUCACCUGCAUCCGAGUCAUCUGACAUUCCAUCAGCACUCGUCUCGAGCCUACCAUUUAGCACUUCCUCAUUCAGAGUACGUUUUCCGUCGCCUCCAUCUGUGUCUCCCGCAAGAGAUCCUCUACCGCAUAAACCUAGGAAUUCCAGCAUCUACAGCACAAUUAAUCGCAGGCCGUUCUUACGGAAACCGCCAGCGAAGCUGGUGACUGCAACUUCACCACCAAACCAAAGAAACUUGACCGAACCGCCGCAGUUCACGAAUAGCGUGUACAUGGACGCUCGACAUUCUUUGCUGCCCAAGCCCAACAACAUUUCUUGGCUCCCGGUGUCUCAGGAACUUCCCGUGAAGAACUACACCAAAAUUUCGCUACAAAGGCCGGCACACAAGUAUCCUAGGCCAGAUAUUACGUUACGGAGAAGACCGACUCUGCGUGAUAACGAACAUAUAUCUGUGCUAGAGAAUACCACCCCAGUAACUGAUCUGGUGAAGGUACGUGAAAAUGAGACAGGAUCGUCUAGUCUUGGAGCCAACUUAGGUUCUGCAGCCAAAGAAAGCCCUGCAGAUAUUCCAGAUGAGCGCAUGAUGUUGGGUCUGUCACCACCGCCACCCACAACUAAAAUUCUGUCCACGGCCGUGGUGACCUCUGUUUCUGUACAGGGAGAGUGGAGGUCGCCAGUAACGACAACAAUUCCACCAGCUUUGUUGCCUCUGCCUCUAGAGCUGACAGCGCAAUCCGACUCCAGUUCAGAGAGCAGGAGUAGCUCUGCUCCAGCUCCAAGCAAGGCAGCCACAUUGAACUCGUCUAGUGUGGUUAAUGCAACUGCGCGAGGCAACGCAGACGUCACUACAGUAAUCAGUGUAAAGAACGAGCCUCCUGCAACAGCUGCCCCCGUCCCUCAAACUACUGUAAGUACGCAGAGCUCGGAAGUCUCUUCGACUUCAUCAUUCCAACCCAGCUCGACGUCUGGAUUAGAUGAGUCUAAAGAUAUUCCCAAUCACGAACAGCAGAAACAGAAUGUCACCAGGGAGGCCUCCUCUACUUCUUCCCAGAUCGAGUCUACCACUCAGCGUCCUGAAUAUAAACUGAAGAUUGCCGAUGAUCCAACCACGAUACCAGAAGUCUCCAGUGAACCUGUCACAUUACCUGAUCGAAAUCUCAAAAAUGUCACUGCUGCGCCUUCCUCGAAAACUCCAGGCACGACAACAGAAGCGAGUAAACAGUCUUCGGAAGUUGGUGCGCUCACUACACCCAGCACACCAGCGCAGGAAUUGGAGAAGGCGACGCAACCAACCGAAGAGAGUGCAGUGACGACGACAGCAGGUGUAGAAUCCACCUCUGCAGGCCACACACCAGGGAUGGCAAUAUUCGAGCGACCUGAUAAAGAGUACGACCUACCGAUAGUCCACUUGUAUAACGGAAGCUCGACAGUCUGGAUGACUGAAGCGGCGGUACCAGGGAGGGAUGAUGAGCAGACGACGCAGAAGACAGUUGCCACUGAAGGUAUCAGCAGCCCGACGCCAAAGACUGCUACUGCUGAAGACACUGGAAGCCCAACGCCGAAGACGAACGCCACUGGAGGCGGUCAAUCGACCUCAUCCAACUCGUCAUACCAGCCGGGCGUUCAGUGGGGAGCAGGUGUGCAGCCAGGGUGCGGCAACGUCAGUCAUUGCUACGAGGCGGCGGCGCCCACUCCUGGUUCCGAAGACCCUGAGGACUCUUGGGGAGUGCAUGCUGGCAUGUACGCACUUGGAGUGCUCUGCACCGUCCCGUUGGCCAUCGCUGCCGCCUUCGGUGUUCGCUUCUUGGCGCGGAAGCGGAGAAAGUUCCUGGACGAAUCUGACACGUGUUCCGAAGUGAGCUGCCCGCCGCGUGGACUCAUCAGCAGGGCAGACACCGACAUCGACGCCGAUUCCAAGGCAACAAGACUGCAGACGCACCUGGGCUGGGAGCAGGAGACCCUGCCUGUAACCUGCUGGGAAGUGCCCCGUUCCAAACUGCGGCUGCAAACGGUGCUUGGCCAAGGGAACUUUGGACAGGUGCUGAAAGCAGAAAUAGAUGAUAUAUGUGGUGGCAUUGGCUCCACUAGACUUGUAGCUGUUAAGACUGUGAAGGAGGAUGCAAGUCAGAGAGAUAAAGAUGAUCUCCUGCGUGAGAUGGAGAUCAUGAAAACACUAGGAGCCCAUCCAAAUGUAGUCACACUAUUGGGAUGUUGUACUGAACAAGAACCACAUCUGCUGAUAAUGGAAUAUGUAAUGUAUGGGAAACUUUUGGCUUAUCUUCGUGACCACCGAACUAGACGAAAGUAUUUCAACUUCUGUGAAGAUGAUUCAGAUGCUCUUACAUCUCGUGAUCUCACAAUUUUUGCCUACUGUGUUGCACGUGGAAUGGAAUACCUUGCUUCAAGAGGAAUAAUCCACCGUGACUUAGCAGCUAGGAAUGUGCUUGUGGAUCACAACAAAAUGUGCAAAGUUGCAGAUUUUGGCAUGUCUCGAAGUGUCCAGGAUCUCGGUGAUGUAUAUGAGCAGAGACACACAAAGGGGGCUCUUCCAAUUCGAUGGAUGGCACCAGAGUCCCUCUUGUACCGUAUCUUCACGCAUAAAUCAGAUGUCUGGAGUUUUGGAAUUCUUAUAUGGGAAAUUGUUACACUGGGGUCAACACCAUAUCCAGGCCAGUCAGCUCGAGAAGUAGUCAGGUCAGUUCGAGAAGGUGGGCGUUUGGAGAGACCACCGCAUUGCAGGCCUGAGUUUUUCCGACUGGCUUCUCGGUGCUGGCACCAUGAUCCAAGUCGCCGACCAUCCUUUGGGGAACUCAAACGAGAAUUAGCAGCAUUAGUUGAGGACGUACGUUUUGGAGGAGGCUAUGUUGAUCUGGAUGCGUUUGCAGACCAUGGCUAUUGUUACGGUAGAAUACCUACUGCAGUACGACCUAGUGCUAACAAUACUGCUGACACAACAACAACUGCUGAGGAAUGUGAUGCAGAAGUUAUAAGUAUGUAACUUAAGGUGUUCACAGAAGCAGUCACUUUCCUGCUGGUAACGAUGAUGAUGAUGAUGAUGAUGAUGAUGAUGAUACACUGCAUAUUGAUAGGGAUUUCUGGAAAAAGAAAGAAUGUUGCUGUUACAUAGUGUUGUCAGCAAAGAGAAUUCAGCUGUAUAAAUGUUUGCAGUGGGCAAAGAAAGAACAUAAAAUUUGCCUACCUCUUUAAAUGACACAAAAAUUAUUUUGUGAUGGAUACAUAUUUCUCUAACACUGCUGCUUAGGGAAAAUAUGUCUUGUAGGCAACAAGAAGUGCAGUCCAUUUGAAUGUUGUUAGUUGCUAUGAGAAGAGGUCACACUAUAUUCCCUUCUGUACAUUUUAUAAUCAUUUUCAUCAGAAUGCAAGCAGCCAUAAGUAACUGCUGGUGGAAAGUGGGGGUAGUUAGUCAGUGUGAAGCAACAAAUGUCGCAUUUCUGAAGAAGGGGCUGUUAUAUUUUACAUAAAUUAAAUAACUUAAAGACUGCAGCACUGAAAUCAGAAAAGCUUCAGUGUGCAUUUACUGCUGUCCAACUAAAAUUUUGUCUUCCAAGAUUUGGCAUACUUUGGUGUAUUUUUGAAAUUACUUUUCAAGCCAUUAGCUGUAACCACAAAAUAACUUUAUUUAAAUUCAGUAGAAUUUCUGUUGUGAUUUGUAGAAGCAGUUUAAAGAUAACUGAAAGAAUGGUAUCUUAGAAACUAGCAUACAUAGAAAGAAAUAAUUUUUCAAAAUUAAAUUAAGAAGGAAGAAUCAUUGAAUAAAGUUUGUAAAUUCUAGAAAGUCAAUGAGGAGUUUUCCUAAACAGUAUAAGGAUCUAGAGAAAUCCAUUUAAAAAUACCAACAGUAAAGUAGUUCUUGAUACAGCAAAAAUUCAUCGUGUAUGAUGAUCGAGUGAAGUAAUCUUAUGGAGCAAAAGCACUGAAUUUAGAUGCUGGAACAGAGUAGGGCUAUGCAGUUGCCUUCUAAUCCAAAGAGUAAUUUUAUAUCUGUUACAUUAGUAGGAGUUGUUGUAAUUAACAGUAUUCUUAUUUUUAUAUACUUGGCAGUAAAUGAUUUUGCCACAAUUUGCACAGCUAUAUUAUUGGAUGCUACAUACAUUUGGUUCUUUUCUGUGUGAGGAUUGUGGAUAAGUAAAGACUGUGUUAACAUAUCUGGCUUGAAACAAAUAUUUUGCAUACAUCUUUUAACAUUUGUCAUGAAACAUCAAUCAUCGCUGUAUAAAUAUCAUCAAUUUGAUCAAAAAGACUUAUGAUAAGUUUUUCCAACAUGACAAUGCCCAUACAAUAUCAUUUCAUUUUAAAAUGUAUAAUAUUAUUCAUUAACACAUUCAUCAGUUUUUGGGAGACUUCAUUGUUUAUUUUAAAUGAGCCAGAAACAAUUAUUUUGUUCUAGUCAUAUACAGUCUUAAAUUGCUUGCCUGUGUCCUACAAUGCUACUGAACAUCUGCAUUAGUUUCAUAAUCAUUGUAUUUUACUUUGCUUAAUUUCAUGAUCCAUCUUAGCUGAGUGUAUUAUGUGGAGUCUUAACAGAUUUAGGCAAAUCAUUUCAUAAUAGUGACAUGUUACUUUAAUAUUAUAUAUUUAUGUGUAUUUUUCAUUCUUUAUUUUACAACACCAUUUACUGCCACAUUCUGAAAACUGUUGCUUCAAAUGUAUGUUUAUA